AUCAAUAAUCAUUGUACAUUUGUAAACUAAACGAAAUUACGAGUUAUAUAACGUUAUUAGUUAUUAUUAUAUUUAAAAGGAUUUACAAUUACAAGAUGUCUGAAGAAGAACCAUUAGUACUAACAGACGAUUUAACAGUCUUUAAGGAGAACCGUGAUCAAAUAAUAAAUGCAGAUGAUGAGAUUUUGCUGAUGUCUAAUGAAGAAAUAAUAUCACUCACUGCACAACUAGAAAUGGAAAUAAAAGACAUGAGAAUUGAUAUAAAACGUAUAGUCCUGGAGAAUUCGGCCAAACGUUUGAAAAUAAAUAAAAACAAAAAAGAAAUUAACAAACUUAAGAGAAAACCUUAUAUGGUAUCUAGUAUCAUGGAAUUAUUUGAUGUCGACCAACUAGAUACUGAAGAAGAUGGCGCUGUAGCUAGUUUAAAUAGCCAAAAAACAAGGAAAUAUGCAGUUAUUAAAACACCAACAAAAAAAGUUUACUUCGUGCCUGUUAUUGGUCUGGUAGAUCCAGAUCAAUUAAAACCAGGAGAUCUGGUUGGUGUCAAUAAAAAAUCAUUUUUAAUAUUAGAAAAAUUGCCUGAUAUUUAUGAUGAUCGUAUUAAAAGAAUUGAGGUUGAUGAAAAACCAUCCGUACAAUAUGCCGAUAUCGGUGGCUUAGACAAACAAAUUCAAGAACUUAUUGAAGCUGUAGUGUUACCUAUCACUCACAAAGAGGAAUUUCUUAAGCUUGGCAUACAACCAUCAAAAGGAGUUCUUAUGUACGGUCCACCUGGUACUGGGAAAACACUUUUAGCUCAAGCAUGUGCUGCUCAAACAAAGUCGACAUUUUUAAAGCUUUCUGGUACACUAUUGGUAAAUAGGUAUACUGGUGAAGGAACAAAAUCAGUACAAAAUGUAUUUGCUUUAGCUAAAGAAAAAGCUCCUGCUAUAAUAUUUAUUGAUGAACUGGAUGCUAUUGGUAGAAAACGUUUUAAUUCUAAAAAGAGAAGUGAUCGAGAAGUCCAACGUACAAUGUUAGAACUCCUAAAUCAAUUAGAUGGCUUUAAUUCAACAUAUGAUAUAAAAGUGAUUGCAGCUACUAAUAGAGUGGAUAUUUUGGACCCAGCAUUGUUGAGAUCUGGUAGAUUCGAUAGAAAAAUUGAGUUGCCACACCCCAACGAAGAAGCUCGUGCACGUAUUAUGCAGAUUCAUUCAAGGAAAAUGAAGACAUUGGAUAUUAACUUUGAAGAACUUUCACGAUCUACUGAUGGUUUUAAUGGGGCACAAUGCAAGGCUGUCUGUGUAGAAGCUGGUAUGAUUGCUUUGAAGAGAGAUGCAUCAGCUAUUACUCAUGAAGAUUAUAUGGAUGCCAUAAUGGAAGUUCAAGCUAAAAAGAAAUCCAUCUUAAACUAUAUUGUUUAAAAAAUUAAUGAAACAUACUCUUCAAUGUCUUUUGUUUUGUAUUAUUUUUUUUCAUCUAUAACAAUACAAAUAAAAAUUGUAAUUAAUUUUUCA